UGUGCACAAGAGGUCUUUGACCAGGCAGUGAACGGCAAAAACAGGAUUUUUCGAACGUGAAGGGAUUCCUAUACGUGCCUUAUCGAUACGUCCCUCUCCUCUCCGCCACCACUCGGCUGUUGUGUCGUUGUUGACGAUGCCUUUAAAAAGGACCUAAGCAAGGGUCAGCCGUGAUCAAUCUCAUUCUGCCUGGUGACCUGUCCAGUGUCCUGACCAUCGUCAUGGGAUCUAAAGGAGUUGUGCUCAUUUUGGCCCUCGUACUGUUCAUGGUGUGCUUGGCGUACUGCACACGACAUGGAGGCGGUGGGGGACGUUACCCAAUUCGUGGAGGCGGAGGUCGCUAUCCCCUGCAAGGGGGCGGUGGCUAUCCAGGUGGAGGUCGCUAUCCGGGAGGCGGAGGUCGCUAUCCCCUGCAAGGAGGCGGUCGCUACCCAGGUGGACUAGGUGGCUAUCCAGGCGGUGGAGGUCGCUAUCCAGGUGGUGGGGGCCACUAUCCCGGUGGAGGCCUACGAGGAUAAUGCAAUGCUUUCCUUACUGCAAGUUUCCGUUGACAGGCAUCAAGGUACUUUCAGUUCACAGCGACACAAUGCAGGAGCAAUAAAAUUCGUCAUGAAAAUUA